AAAGGUCCAGAAUUAGAGACCUGACACGGGCAACGGAGAAGAAGGUACAAAGUGGCCACCGUCUUCCGGAGCAGAUAGUCAUAUGAUUUUAUAAAGUGGUAUUCUCCUACUGUUAAGAAGAAAUUUCAACAACACAAUCAACAAGCUUUUCUUAGUUUAUUGGAAAAGAAAAGCUUUUCUAAAACCCUAAAUUCAGAGAGAUUAUAGUUCCAAGAAGGAAUAAGUGACAAAUUACACCAUGGGGAAGAAACAGCACAGUAAAGAUCGUAUGUUCAUAACCAAGACUGAAUGGGCCACCGAAUGGGGCGGCGCUAAAAACAAAGAGCUAAAAACCCCUUUUAAACGGCUCCCUUUCUACUGCUGCGCUCUUACAUUUACUCCAUUCGAGGAUCCGGUAUGCACAGAAGAUGGCAGUGUCUUUGAAAUAGUGCAUAUAGUUCCAUAUAUCAGGAAAUACGGGAAGAAUCCAGUGACUGGAGCUCCUUUGAAGCAAGAGGACUUAAUUCCUCUUACUUUCCACAAGAAUGCUGAAGGAGAGUAUCAUUGUCCUGUCUUGAACAAGGUUUUUACGGAAUUUACACAUAUAGUUGCUGUAAGAACUACAGGGAAUGUUUUUUGUUAUGAGGCAGUUAAAGAAUUGAAUAUCAAGACAAAGAACUGGAAGGAGCUUCUCACUGAUGAACCAUUCACUAGAGAAGACCUUAUAACAAUUCAAAAUCCUAAUGCACUGGACGCCAAGGUGCUUCUAGAUUUUGAUCAUGUUAAGAAAAGUUUAACGGUUGAUGAUGAAGAAAUACAGAAAAUGCAAUCUGACCCUUCAUACAACAUAAAUAUUACUGGAGACAUCAAGCAAAUGCUUAAGGAGCUUGGAAGUGAGAAAGCAAAAGAGAUUGCACUGCAUGGUGGAGGUGGUAACAAGGCACAAAAUGAAAGAGCUGCUGCUCUUGCUGCUAUUUUAGCUGCAAGAUCGCGUAUCAAAGAUGAUGCAAAAACAAAGGAAAAUGGUGAAGGUACAGCAAAACAGACUUUCAGCAUUGUGGAUGCUGCAUCAGCAUCAGUUCAUGGAAGAAGUGCAGCUGCUGCAAAGUCUGGUUCAACUGAUAAAACAGCUGCGCGGAUAGCUUUGCACAUGUUGGGUGAAAGGACACCAGUGAAUGCUAAGCUGGUUAAGAGUCGUUUUACCACUGGUGCUGCUUCUCGUUCCUUCACUUCCACCUCCUAUGAUCCAGUAACAAAGAAUGAAUAUGAAUAUGUUAAAGUUGAGAAAAAUCCCAAGAAGAAAGGUUACAUCCAGCUGCAUACAACACAUGGUGAUUUGAACAUUGAGCUUCAUUGUGACAUAACACCAAGGACAUGUGAAAACUUCAUUACCCUUUGUGAACGAGGAUAUUACAAUGGAGUAGCGUUUCAUAGAAACAUCCGGAAUUUCAUGAUCCAGGGUGGUGACCCAACUGGCACAGGGAGAGGAGGUGAGUCUAUCUGGGGAAAGCCCUUCAAGGAUGAAGUACACUCCAAGUUGCUGCAUUCUGGUAGAGGUGUUGUUAGCAUGGCUAACUCUGGUCCUCACUCAAAUGGUUCACAGUUUUUUAUCCUGUACAAGUCUGCAACUCACUUAAAUUUCAAACAUACUGUCUUUGGUAUGGUUGUUGGAGGCUUGACAACACUUUCUGCUAUGGAGAAAGUUCCUGUCGAUGACGAUGACCGACCACUGGAAGAAAUCAAGAUAAUAAGCGUAGAAGUUUAUGUCAAUCCCUAUACAGAGCUUGAUGAAGAAGAAGAGAAAACAAAUGAUGACAAGAAAACUGAGGAUGAAGAUAAUGAGAAGGUUGGAUCAUGGUACAGCAACCCUGGAACAGGUACCUCAGAGAUUCAAGCUGUUGGCAGUGGGGUUGGGAAGUACUUGAAAGCAAGGGCUGCACAGGCCGACUCCAAAACUUCUUCUGAUAGUAGUCUACCACCUAUUUCUGCGGCAAAGAAGAGAAAGAUGGCAACAUCAACAGAGCUUAAAGAUUUUUCAGCAUGGUAGAAUUGCUAUUAUCAGUUAAUACUGUGACAUUGAAUAGCUAUAGGUGAGUGUAACAUAUUCAGCGGAUACGUGAGAGGGAAACUAAUGGUUAGGAUGUAAACUCGAUGCGAGCCCCUUUUCUUGUUUUUGAUUUUUAAAAGAUUAUCAGGGCGACCAAUUAGAUACUUAAUAAAAGGACAUGAAGGAAUGCUUUCUGUGGAGGUUUCGCUCUUAUUUUUUCAACAAGAGGAACCGAUACAUUUGUAACAUAUUUAAAUGAGAGCUUUAUACAUGUGACUGCAGACGAUGUUUUGCAUUUUUGGCGA